UCUCAACCUAUCAACGACUAAGCCUGUAGAGGGGUGAGGGGAAUGGGGCGGAGAAUGGGAGGAGACAGAGAGAGGAAGGAGGCGUAGGCUGAGGAGGAAGAGGGAGGAGGGGCAGGGAAGUCCAGGCGGAGAAGAGGGCCAAGACUCCAAAGGAGACAACAGGAGGAUGCGCUGGAGCUCCUCAGCUGCUCAACAGCCGUUCCUGAUCUCUUAAGGCGCAAGUCAGACAGACGGAGGAAAGGAGGAAGAGACUUUUAUGUCGGCAGACAGAGAAGCUCUACCCGUCACCGUUGCCUCACAUCCGGGACUUUGGAGGGCUGGCCCCCGCGGCCCCGCCCCCCCCUCGCGCCUUUCAUGGCGACCGGAGGCGGAGGCUGGAAGAGCUGGGUCUGGAGGAGGCCCCUUUAAAUCUCCUUAAAGGGGUGGCUACCGAUCUCGGCGGACUACAACGCCAGCCUUUAAAGGGGAAGCCGCUGAACUGACGCUGACAAAUUGAGAACUGUGCUGUUGGGAGAAUUGGAGCGAGUGGGAAUUCUCACCGCCUCUUCUCCCCCCACGCAAGAAGUCCUUUAAAUUCAGCUUAAAGGGGAAGUGGCCACUCGUGGAGGACUAGAAACUAACUCCCGAGCCCUUAAAGGGGCGGCCUGCUGUUUGGAGAACCCUGGACUCCUUAAAGGGGUGGCCUCUUUUAGCCGGAGGACUUGAGGCACUUUUAAAGGGGAGGUCUGCGUUUCGGGGCGAGCUUUCGGCCCCUUUUAAAGGGGUGGCCCUUCCUCUUCCUCGGGGAGACUUGUCUCGACCCCUGGCAGGGGGCGGCCACCGAACUAGGCCGGCCGGACACCGUCGGGUCGUCUUAAAGUGGCCAGGGGCCGGACAACUUGCAGGCCUUGCCUUAAAGGGACGGCCGCCCCGUUUUCGCCGUCUCGGCCCCACUGGCCCCACAGGGGGGGCCCUCAGGCUUGUCGCCCCGGGGGCGGCGCCGGCUCCCCGGGCCUUGGCCUUGGGGCAAGCUCGGGGCCAGCAGAUCCUGCUUUAAAGAGGAAGCCGUGGCCCUCUCGUCCCUGUGCAGCCGUCAGCGCCGCGCCUGCGACCCGGGGCCUGCGGACAGGCCGCUUCGGGCCCCGCCGCCUCCGGAUGCGGCGCUGAGGGCGGUCGCCAUGGAGACGGCAGCGGCCGCGGCUCCCGGCCCCGGCUGGGCCGCUGAGGGGGAGCGGCGGCGGCGGCGGUGCUCGCGCCGAGACCGAGACCGGGAGCAGCGGCGCCGCCGAGGUCCCGGCGGCGACGCGCCCCGGGCCCUGUUGGCCGCCCCGCGCGGAUCCUCGUCGUCGUCGUCGCCGCCGCCGCCCGCCAAGCCCUGGUCGUCAGCUUCGUCUGGAGAGCGGCCCGGAGGCCCGAGACGGCGGCGGCCGCGUCCCAGGCCUCGGCCGCCUCGACCCCGAGCUCGGAAGCGGCCUGCCGGCUCGGGGAGCCGUGGGGAGGAAGAAGAGGAGGAGGAGGAGGGGGGCGCAGACGAUGGGGAGGCCGAGGAGGAGCCUGAGGAGGAGGAAGAAGAAGAGGAGGACUUGAUCGAUGGCUUCGCCAUCGCCAGCUUCGCCAGCCUCGAGGCCUUGCAGAAGGAUGCGUCUCUUCAGCCCCCAGAGCGACUGGAGCAUCGGCUGAAGCAUUCUGGGAAGCGGAAGAGGGGGGGCUCCAGUGGGGCCACUGGGGAGCCAGGGGACAGCUCUGAUCGAGAGCCUGGCCGGCCCUCUGGGGAUCGUGCCCGAAAGUGGCCCAAUAAACGGAGAAGGAAAGAGGCCUCCUCCCGUCAUUCUCUGGAAGCUGGAUACAUAUGUGAUGCAGAAAGCGAUCUGGACGAGAGGGUCUCCGAUGAUGACCUCGACCCAUCCUUUACUGUCUCAACCAGCAAAGCCUCGGGCCCCCACGGCGCCUUCAAUGGGAACUGUGAAGCAAAACUCUCCGUAGUCCCUAAAGUGUCGGGCCUGGAGCGGAGCCAGGAACAGCCCCCAGGGCCCGACCCGCUGCUAGUGCCUUUCCCCCCGAAGGAACCACCGCCUCCACCGGCCCCUCGGCCUCCUGUCUCACCCCCUGCACCCCUGCCGGCCGCCCCCAGUCUGCCACCCCCACCCCAGCCCCAGCUGCAGCUUCGGGUCUCGCCUUUUGGCCUCCGCACUUCCCCCUAUGGCAGCAGCCUGGACCUCAGCACUGGCAGCUCUUCACGGCCGCCCCCCAAGGCCCCGGCCCCUCCCGUGGCUCAGCCUCCCCCCUCAUCAUCCUCUUCGUCCUCUUCCUCCUCAUCUGCCUCCUCCUCGUCCGCGCAGCUCACCCACCGGCCCCCGACGCCCUCACUGCCCCUGCCUUUAUCCACCCACAGCUUCCCCCACCCCGGGCUGCGGCCCCCCCCACCACCCCACCACCCCUCCUUGUUCUCCCCUGGCCCCACCCUGCCCCCACCCCCACCCCUGCUGCAGGUGCCAGGGCACCCUGGGGCCUCAGCCGCUAACGCCCUUUCUGAGCAGGACCUGAUCGGCCAGGACCUGAAUUCUCGCUACCUGAAUGCCCCGGGUGGCCCCGAGGUGGUGGGGGCAGGGGGCUCGGCCCGGCCCCUGGCCUUCCAGUUCCACCAGCACAACCACCAGCACCAGCACACCCACCAGCACACCCACCAGCACUUCACCCCUUAUCCCCCGGGCCUGCUGCCACCCCAUGGCCCCCACAUGUUUGAGAAAUACCCAGGAAAGAUGGAAGGCCUUUUCCGGCAUAAUCCGUACACGGCCUUCCCUCCCGCAGUGCCCGGCCUACCUCCGGGCCUCCCGCCGGCUGUCUCCUUUGGCUCCCUGCAGGGGGCCUUCCAGCCCAAGAGCACGAACCCCGAGCUGCCACCACGACUGGGGCCAGUGCCAAGCGGGCUUCCCCAAAAGGGGACACAGAUCCCUGACCAUUUCCGGCCACCUUUGAGGAAACCAGGGAAGUGGUGUGCCAUGCACGUGCGCGUGGCUUACAUGAUCCUGAGACACCAGGAAAAGAUGAAGGGCGACUCCCACAAGCUUGACUUUCGGAACGACCUCCUGCCCUGCCUUCCGGGGCCCUAUGGGGCCCUGCCCCCUGGGCAGGAGCUCUCCCACCCGGCCGCCUCCCUCUUCACUGCGACUGGUGCCGUCCAUGCUGCAGCCAACCCUUUCACGGCAGCUCCCGGGGCCCACGGACCCUUUCUGAGCCCCAGCACCCACAUUGAUCCCUUUGGGCGUCCCACAAGCUUCGCCUCCUUGGCUGCCCUCUCCAACGGGGCAUUUGGAGGCCUGGGCAGCCCCACAUUCAACUCCGGCGCCGUCUUUGCCCAGAAAGAAAGCCCAGGGGCCCCACCAGCCUUCGCCUCCCCCCCAGACCCAUGGGGCCGCCUGCACCGCAGUCCUCUGGCCUUUCCUGCCUGGGUCCGGCCCCCUGAGGCGGCCCGGACACCAGGCUCAGACAAGGAGCGGCCUGUGGAGCGGAGGGAGCCCUCUGUCACUAAGGAGGAGAAAGACAGGGACCUUCCCUUCUCACGGCCCCAGCUCCGAGUUUCUCCAGCUACUCCCAAGGCCCGGGCUGGCGAGGAAGGGGCCAGGCCAGCCAAGGAGUCCGUGCGGGUGAAGGAAGAGCGGAAGGAAGAGGCUGCCGCCGCCGCUGCCGCUGCCGCUGCCGCCGCCGCCGCCGCCGCCACCACCGGGCCUCAAGGUCUUCACCUGCUGUUCGAGAGGCCUCGGCCACCCCCGUUUCUGGGCCCUAGUCCUCCGGAGCGCUGUGCUGGCUUCCUGGAGCCAACCUGGUUGGCAGGGCCCCCUCGCCUUGCUAGACCACCCCGCUUCUAUGAGGCGGGUGAGGAGCUGACUGGACCAGGGGCCGUGGCCGCUGCCCGCCUCUACGGUCUGGAGCCUGCCCAUCCCCUGCUCUACAGCCGCUUGGCUCCUCCGCCACCGCCGACCGCGGCCCCGGGAACCCCUCACCUUCUCAGCAAGACUCCCCCAGGAGCCCUUCUGGGGGCACCGCCUCCACUUGUGCCCGCCCCCCGGCCUAGUUCCCCACCUCGGGCCCCUGGCCCAGCCCGGGCCGACAGGUGAGGGAAGGGGAGGGGCAGGGGCAAAGCUCCAUCCCCCCUUUUCUUUUGACAAGGUCCUAGGGCUGAGGUUUCAAGCCAGGGCUGAAGGGCAGAGGUCAUGACCUCACCAGCCACCUCUGAGGUCAUGGAACCUGGGAGCAGAAGCCCCAACCCCCACAAGAUCAAGCAUCAGUUGGACCUUGGGGUCCUGGGAGGGCUGAGGUCACAAGCCUCUAGAGAGGUGUGUGAGUAUGCGUGUGAGUGUGUGUGUGUACACGAGAGUGGGGGUCGUUUCAGAGGUCAUAGCUGGUGAUCUCCUGAGGUGCACCAUCGCCCCUUCUGAGGGUCCCUAGGCCCUUGGCCUGCUUCCCCAAGGGCUCACUAAGCCAGAGGCCAAAGUGCCCCCCCUCCCCUUCACCUACCACCCAAGUCCUCAUGCCCCCUCAGGGCUGGGGGAGGAGGGGCUAAAGGAAGGGGGGUUCCAUGUACAUAUUUAUCUCCCCUUCCACAUAGCCCCCAGACCUUUUGUACAUUUUUACAGGGGUGCCCCUCCCAAUAAUCCCCCCUUCCUGGUUAAUUAAAUCCUCAGACUGGUGCUGUGUUCCUAGCCUCUGGCCUCUCUGUGGGGGGAGGGGGGAUUGCAGGGGGAAGAGCUGGGAGGGAACAGGUAGGAACCCAGGGCUAACCCCUGGGAAUAUGGGAUCCAGCAGGAGGUGGACCAACAGGGGAAGGGACCUGGGUACCUAGGCUAGAAAGAAGUGCAAAUGCUUCCUGCUUGGCUGACAGCCCAGGUUCCCCCCACCUGUUCCUGUUACCUCUGUGUGCCCCCAUCCCUCAAGGCUCAACCUCUAAGCUUCAGUCUCCACCACUUAGUGGCUUGGUUCCCCCUCUCUAUUUCCAAGUGCCCCCCAGGACUCCUGGGCCCUGCUCUCCAGAAGCCUGUUCCCUGGAACCCUGCCCCAGGCUAAGGGGGGACCGGAGAAGGUCACCAUGUACCACACACCAAAGAAGGGGGUGGGCCCAGGGGUGGGCCACAUAGGCAGCUUCUUCAGCAGCCUCUUGGCAGCAGCCCCAGCCUUCCCAAAGCAGCAGGUGCCCCCAGGCUGGGGCCCACCCUAGAAGGCAGGGGUCAGUUUAACAAGAACAUAACGUUGACUUUUUUUCCCCGGUGGGGCUUAUUCUGUAACAUGACUUGCGGAUAUUUAUAUAAAAACGAGUGUUACAAUGAG